GAACAAGAACAAGCACUUACUGUCCCUUCUGUCGCAUUAACACGAUUCGCUUAUGCGUUGAAAAACUACUGGUACUCGGCCUCCCUCAAUCGUUUUAGCUGUUUCGCUGGUUACGCCGUUCACCUGGCAAUCAAAUCAACCAGGCAACUGUCCCUUCGUUGCUCCCCCGCCUUUCACUCUCCGAUCGGCUCCCCGACGUCGACGCCGGUGUUGGAGAAACAAAGCAGUUUGAACUGCGUGCGAUCAUGACGAAUAAUACAGAUUUCUUAGGCCGGGCGAUCGAUGCCGUGAAAAAGGCCAUCGAGCUCGACAAUGGGGGCGAGUACGAGAAGGCGUAUCAGGGCUACUACUCCGCACUGGAGCUGUUCAUGCUGGCCUUGAAGUGGGAGAAAAAUCCCAGGUCCAAGGAGAUGAUUCGCGCAAAGACGGCAGAGUAUAUGGAUCGAGCAGAGAAACUUAAAAACCACCUGGCUCAGAGUGAAGACAAAAAGAAACCGAGCGCUAUUGGCGCCAACGGCAAGGUGGCGCAAGGAAGUGGGAAGGGCGGGAAGGAGGACGACGAUAAUGAAGAUGCCGAUGUGAAGAAGCUACGGUCGGCCCUUGCUGGCGCUAUCUUGUCGGACAAACCGAACGUGAAAUGGGAGGAUGUUGCAGGUCUUGAAAGCGCCAAGGAGGCUUUAAAGGAGGCUGUUAUCUUACCUAUCAAGUUUCCGCACCUGUUCACUGGGAAACGGCAGCCUUGGAAGGGUAUUCUGCUAUACGGACCUCCGGGUACCGGAAAGUCAUACCUGGCAAAAGCCGUUGCGACGGAAGCAAACAGCACGUUCUUCAGUGUCAGUAGCAGUGACUUGGUUUCUAAGUGGAUGGGUGAGAGUGAAAGACUUGUUAAGCAGCUCUUCAACAUGGCGCGCGAAAAUAAACCAGCGAUCAUCUUCAUUGACGAGGUAGAUGCCCUUUGUGGACCUCGUGGCGAAGGCGAAUCAGAGGCAUCUCGUCGUAUCAAGACGGAACUUCUUGUACAAAUGGACGGCGUGGGCAAGGAUUCGCGAGGAGUGCUGAUCUUAGGCGCAACGAAUAUUCCUUGGCAACUAGAUGCAGCGAUUCGACGGAGAUUCCAGCGGAGAGUACAUAUCAGUCUUCCCGAUAUCAACGCCCGGAUGAAGAUGUUCAUGCUCGCCGUGGGCCAAACACCGUGCCAAAUGACGCAGGCCGACUACCGGACCUUGGCCGAGAUGAGCGAGGGCUAUUCUGGUAGCGAUAUCAGCAUCGCCGUCCAAGACGCACUAAUGCAGCCCAUCCGUAAAAUCCAGACAGCGACACAUUACAAGAAGGUUAUGGUCGAUGGCGCAGAGAAAUUGACUCCCUGUUCGCCUGGCGAUAGCGGUGCGAUCGAGAUGUCAUGGGUGAACAUUGAAGCUGAUCAGCUCCUUGAGCCACCUCUUAUGUUGAAGGACUUUAUCAAAGCUGUUCGCAAUUCAAGACCAACAGUCAGCCAGGAAGACCUCCAAAGGAACGCGGAAUGGACCAAUGAAUUCGGCAGUGAGGGAGCUUGAUCUUGACCCUUUCUUCGUUCUUCACGUCUGUUCCUGCAACGAUACAACUGAUAGAACCUUGCUGCAUACUGCCUUCCUAUCGGUACCUGAUAUACAUAUGCGUCUUUGUGUUUUUUUCCCCCGACGCAUUGGGGAAAACGUCAAAGAGCCGGCUUCGGUCCUUGUUAUUCCACAUACAGCCAUUACUAUGCGUUAUGUCUUCGCUAUGUCCUUACCUUUUCUUCUUCAUGUUGUCAUCAGGAGCUCGGUGUUCAGAAGCGUUAUCCGUUCGGCGAGGUGAGGCGAGGCGUUCUUUCUUCUCAUCUCUUUUGUCUUUGUUCACACUUAAAUGGCUUGGAUAUGGGUUGAACUUGUUCAUAUUCUCACGAAGAGCUUUGUCACAAACUUUAUGCUGCAAACGAGCUGUCAAGGGUCAAUAGGCAGAUUCGAAAUUUCAAAUUCUUUCUAGUUGUGCAUCAUGUGGACUUGAUUGGUUCUUUGGU